UUUUUAGUGUAGUGCACUGUCACACAGAUCCAGCCAUGCCUGCAGAAGGGAAAAGUGACCUGGAGAGGAUUGGCCUCUUCAGUGAAAUGAGCUAUAUUACCAUUGGAGAUAAAUAUGUAUCACAUUAUAUGCGCCCUUUUAAUGAAGCUUCGAGCAAGAACAAACAGAUGUUACCUGGGGGGUCCAAAACAAUGUCAGCUCUUCAGGCAGGUUAUUUUGAUCCUGAGUUUGUGAGAGUUUUCAGUGGUGAAGCCUACACAGACCCUGUCCAGCUAAGAAGACGCUAUAGAUUGGCAGAAUCAAAGAAAAAUUUGGGCAAAGCUUUUCUUCCCAGUAAUGGAGACAAAUGGCCGUGUGGGCUUGGCAGCUAUUAUGGAACCAUAGGAGGUUCAUAUCUGUACUUCAGUCCACAAGUAAGAGAAAAAGUAAGAUACGUUCCUCCUGGAAAGAAUUUUUAUACUAAUCCAGGAAAGAAAGGAACUGGAUACGGUUAUGCAAACCUGACCAUAGGUGAACAAUAUGAGCAUUUACCUGAGGAGUAUGAUUUAGCAAGAAUAAUUGCAGAGAAAGCGCAAGAGCAACAUAAACAGUUGUUUAAAGGAGGGCCUUUCAGGUUAAAUCUAUAUCCCCAGGAGUAUUUUGACAAGAAUCCCUAUUUUACUGACAAACCUUUGCCACCUGAGAAGAAAUCACCUUCAGAGAAGCGAGUUGCACUACCUUUCAUACCAAGUUCUCCUCCUAAAAAGGCAGGGGGCAUGAAAGGAGGCACUUUUGACCCUUACCCAAGCCAUUCUGCUGAGCCUUAUGUAGUUAAAGACACUAAGGGUGUCACAUCUGCUAGAGAACAACAGUUUUUUCAUCCUCCUCCUGGACCAAAAAGCAGACCUGUUACAAGCAUAAUUACUUUAAAUGUCCAAAGAUCAUUAAAUGCAAAUAACUACAAGACUGCACAGCUGACAUUUUUUUAGGUGCAAGAGAUGAAAUGCAGGGUACACAUUUUUAUACUCUGAACUGUUAUCAAAGCUAUAAUAAAAUGUGGAAAGUGGGAUUCAGGUACAUUGGGCAAUCCAGUCUGUUUAAUCAUUGGCAGUGUCAUUUUUUGUUUCUAAAUAUAAAGCUAUUAUUAUUUAAGACAAUUUAUUAAGUUCAAGGCUGUAUUUUUAUAUAUAUUUUCAUCUUAUCGCUUAACUGGACUUUUGAAAGAUACUUUCAGAAAAUAUACUUUCUAAUUAGUAAUUUGGGUUGCAAACUGAAUAUAUAUUGUAGUAGAAGAAGGUGCAUAUAUUUUAAAGUGUGUAUCAGUUUAUGUCUUAAGCAAGUUAGUCACACGUGGCCCACAGUGAAACUAAGGUAAUUAAUUCCCUUCAGUCGAAUUGCAACUUGUACUUUAUGUACAUUAUAAUUUUGAGUAAGAACUGUCUUAAAAAUGUAUAAUUGUGAUUUUUGAUGACCUUCUCAAAAUGACCAGUAUCGAGAAUGUUCAGAACCAGGCCACAAGCAGGCUAUUCAUGACAGGAAGGUCAUCUCUGUUUACCGGCGUCUGUUUCCUCACAACCAUAACUGCUGCAACAUUUUCCAAGAGAAGCUUAGUUUCACUUUGCAUAUGUGGAAGGUUCCUAACAAAUCUCAUCUGUCUUUCAAACUAGCUUCUUCUCAGAUAGAAUUGUAAUCCUAAAUGUACACCUUACCUCUGUCUUAAUCAUUUUAAUUGGGUUUUUAUAUGUAGUCCAAGAAAUUUAUUCAUAUAAAUCAAAGCUGAUUUAUUACAAAAUUAAAAAAACCCUCAGCAUUUAUUUAUCCCAAUUAUUACAUGAAGACAAUUUUUAUAUAUUUUAUAUUAAUUUUUAUAAGAGAUGUAUCAUACCACUGUAGAAUAUCUGUAGAAUAUCCAUAGAAUAUCCAUGAAAUGGUAUCCUGACUGCUGCUCACAGGAUAAUAGUUUUUUAAAGAAAUUCCAGACUGGAUCUCACAUUUCCUGGCAUCAAUGAAAAUAAAAACAAAGCCAAGAAUUGUUGGUCACGUCUUCAAGCAUGUGUUGAAGCAUAAAACCCCUCACCUUGAAAUCAACAGGAUCCAAAAAUAUUUUAAAAUAUUAGUUACUGGGGAAUUUUUUCUCUAUCCAAAAUGUUUUCUCUAUCCAAAGACCUGUAACAGAAUUUCUUCUUUCCUCGUUUGUACCUUGUAUUAGACAACAAUACUGGUGCUGAUGUCAGGUACCUUAGUGUCCUCUUUGUACAGAGUAUCAGGAGCAUUUGCCAUGUUGUUCACUUGUGAAGUCUGCAGACACAGCAUUCCUAGGCAGACUGAACCAUACUGUACUUCCUCCUAGCUGCUGUUAUGAUGUAGCACAGCUGAUGAAGACCGCCCUGAAGUUCUUCAUGUCUGUCUCUUUUCUUUUUGCAGUUGUUCCUCAUCUCUUCUAUAUUUCAAUAAUCUUUUAAUUCACUUACAAGACUGCAAUACUGAAAACUGAUUAAAACGUAUGACAAUUAAUGAAAUCAGUCCAGCUUGUUUGAGAA